CCGGUAUCGUAGCCAUUGACACGAACAAACACAGAGACACAGAGAAAGAUGCCGUCGCCGUCGCCUGCUAGUCCAGCACCGAGUGCUCCGAAGGUCGUCAUACAACCCGCUGUCGAGACAAUUCGGUCACUGCUUGCGAAAUCGCCCGACGCCAACGUGAUUCCGGUGUAUGCGUUUCUGCCGUCUGAUUUCCUCACGCCGUCGGUAGCGUACCUGAAGCUGAAAGGCGCCGCGCCGGCAGGCGCGUACUCGUUCUUGUUUGAGAGUGCGUUUAACGGAGAGUCGAUUGGGCGGUACAGUUUCCUGGGCGCGAACCCGCGCAAGGUGCUUGUGACUGGCAACGGGUUUGGCGAGGACGUGGAUCCGCUGCGACAGCUGGAGAGCGAGCUUGACAAGUACACUGUGCUGAAGCAGAGUGGGUUGCCGCCGCUUUCGGGUGGAGCGAUUGGAUAUGUGUCGUACGAUUGCAUCAAGUACUUUGAGCCCAAGACGAAGCGGGAGUUGAAGGAUAAUCUCGGGAUACCAGAGAGCGUGAUGAUGCUCUUUGACACGAUCGUUGCGUUCGACCAUGUCUUCCAGCGGAUCCAGAUUAUCACAAACAUCCACGUCCCGGACCAGGCCGGAUUCGAUCUUGAGGCUGCGCUCGAGGUGGCCCGGACGGAGAUCAAAAACGUGGCGGACGUGCUGUAUUCGCCGUUUGUCAACAUGCCGGAGCAGCCGCCGAUCGUGCCCAACCAGCAGUAUACCUCCAACAUCGGCCAGGAGGGCUACGAGAACCACGUCAAGCGUCUGAAAGAGCACAUCUACAAGGGCGAUAUAUUCCAGGGCGUGCCCUCGCAGCGCGUCGCGCGCCCGACCUCGCUGCACCCGUUCAACAUCUACCGACACCUGCGAACCGUCAACCCGUCGCCGUACAUGUUUUACAUCGACAACGUCGACUUCCAGAUCGUGGGCGCGAGCCCCGAGCUGCUCGUCAAGGCCGAGAACGGCCGCGUCAUCACGCACCCGAUCGCCGGCACCGUGCCGCGCGGCAAGUCCCGCGAGGAAGACGACAAGCUCGCGACAGAGCUCAAGUCGUCGCUCAAAGACCGCGCCGAGCACGUCAUGCUCGUCGACCUGGCCCGCAACGACAUCACCCGCGUGUGCGAUCCCAAGACCACGACUGUCGACAGACUGAUGGUCGUCGAGCGCUUUUCGCACGUCAUGCAUCUCGUCAGCCAGGUCUCGGGAGUUCUCCGCCCGGACAAGACCAGAUUCGACGCUUUCCGCAGCAUCUUCCCCGCAGGGACCGUGUCCGGCGCGCCCAAAGUCCGCGCGAUGCAGCUCAUCUCCGAGCUCGAAGGCGAGCGACGGGGCGUCUAUGCCGGCGCGGUCGGACACUGGGGGUACGAGGACUCGAGCAUGGACACCUGUAUCGCGCUGCGGACUAUGCUGGUCAAGGAUAACGUUGCGUAUCUGCAGGCGGGUGGAGGUAUUGUGUAUGACUCGGACCCGUAUGACGAGUAUUUGGAGAGUAUGAAUAAGUUGGGCGCAAACAUGCGUACCAUCACUGAGGCGGAGAAAUUGUACAUGUAGAUGUAGAUGUUUUGGUUCUAGUAUAAAUAAUCAGUAAAUUUACAUUUUUUAUAUUACUAUGAAUAUCAGAGCUAUAGUAUUCCACCUAUUCUAUGCCAAAUUUGACAAAGAAUGAGCU